GCCUCCGCGCCCAACGUCCGCGUAGCCGUUCUGCGCCGCCGCCAUGGCCGACGUGGAGGACGGCGAGGAACCCUGCGUCCUUUCCUCGCAUUCUGGGAGCGCAGGCUCCAAGUCGGGAGGCGACAAGAUGUUCUCCCUCAAGAAGUGGAACGCGGUAGCCAUGUGGAGCUGGGACGUUGAGUGCGAUACCUGCGCCAUCUGCAGGGUCCAGGUGAUGGAUGCCUGUCUUAGAUGUCAAGCUGAAAACAAACAAGAGGACUGUGUUGUGGUCUGGGGAGAAUGUAACCACUCCUUCCACAACUGCUGCAUGUCCCUGUGGGUGAAGCAGAACAACCGCUGCCCUCUGUGCCAGCAGGACUGGGUGGUCCAAAGAAUCGGCAAGUGAGAGCCGGCAGAGGCUCUCCUGGUGCGGUGGGUGACCCUGGACAACCUUGUCACCAAGUCACUGGACAGACUUGACACUCCAGGGAUUCACCUUCAGAUAGAGGGAAUGGUGUGUGGCCUCUGGGACUCAUCCAAGGCAUGGUUUAUCAUUUUGUCUGUUUAAUUUUGGGAAAUUGUCUACAAUUAAGAUAAUUUAUUAAAAUAGCCUUUCCUACCUCUGUGGUGUGUGUGAUAUGUACUGCUUUGAACACCAGCAAUUGAAGGAUCUUUGUUGUUUAUCUGUCAGUACAUAAGGGCUGGGAGAGCAUUGCGUUCACAGAAGAACAUUUUGUGUUUAUGCUUGGUGGCUAAAAAAAUAAAUAAAAGAAUGUUACACUAAAAAAUAAAAUGCAUUGAGAAGCCAACUCCUACCCUUUGCUCCUAAUACCCUUUGUUGUUGGGAGUGAGGCAACCCAUGGUAUCUUCUUUUCUAUAAAUGAGGGUUAACUUGUACUGAGUGAAGAGGGUAAAUACAGUGUAACUGUUAAGAAACCAGAAGUCGGGCUGGGGAUUUAGCUCAGUGGUAGAGCGCUUACCUAGGAAGCGCAAGGCCCUGGGUUCGGUCCCCAGCUCCGAAAAAAAGAACCAAAAAAAAAAAAAAAAAAGAAACCAGAAGUCAAGGAAACUACUGUUUCACUGUUCAACCGCUUAGGGUUAAAGAAGUAUUUUCUGUUUCUGGGAAGGUUGUAUUGUAUGUUUUAGUCAAAAUAUUAGUGGGAAAAUGCUUAGCAGUAUGGCACCGGAGUUCAUUAUGCAAUGCUUUAAUAAAUGAAAUAUUGUGCUUUGAGUUAUUAAAGUUUGAUCUCUACUCUUAAAUUCAUUAAAAUAAUUCA